AUGGUUGGUUUUGGAUCAGCAAAGGACCAGAAGAAGAAUCAUGAGGAGGUUGCAGAUAUCCCCGCGCACUUGUCCGACUUGCACUGCUUCACCGAGACAGACAACUGUAUAACCACAACAAUGAUGGACCUCCCUGGCUACCGCAUCACCAAAGUCCUCGGAGCAGUCUACGGAAUUACGGUACGCUCACGCAACAUCGCCGCAGGAAUCGGCAUGGUUAUAAAGAGCAUGGCAGGCGGCGAACUGACCUGGUUCACUUCGAUGCUGUACUCUUGCCGCAACGACUCUAUCAGCCGGGUUGUGCAAGAAACGAAGAGGAGAGGGGGAAAUGCCAUCAUUUGCCUGCGCUUUGAGACGGGAGAUCUGGGAGGCUUUGCGCAGGCGAGUGCCUAUGGGACUGCUUGUGUGGUUGAGAAGAUUGAGGGCGCCAACGUUGAGGCGCCUCAGUUGACGCAUUAA